AGCAACAGGUAGAACGAGUCCCGCACAACCCCACCCUCGCUGUGAAGCUCUGUUAAGCUUUGUGAAGCAGGUGUUGACACAAUAACAAUAAAGUGUAUGGGACAGCUUCAACGGCUAAGGUUGAAGAAUGACGUCUUCAGGGUUGGCUGUGUUGUGUCUCCUCCUCCUCCUGCACACUGGGGCACAGGGCUUUGGGAUAUUGCCAGGAAAGUCUCUGAAUCAUCUGGAAAUCACAGAGAGUGCGAUUUUAAAUGUCACGGCGCAUGUGUGCCGCGCUCUGGCCCAAGCUGAGGGGACAGACUUUACUUUUCCUGCACAGCCUCUCACUGCAGGGGCUGUUGCUGUGGCCUGUGGCGCUCCAAAGUCGUCCAAGAGUUUCCGCCGAGCCAUUAUAUUCAUCACACUGAUGAAUGUGCGGGUGGACCUCCGUCAUGCCCUCAAUGCAAGCUUCCACUUUGAUGAAGAAAUGUUUGAUCAGGGAAAGAAAAUCAUCACUGAGGGAUUAAAGGUUGUCAAAGCAAGCAACACGCAUGAAAACUAUGAGGCGGCGAGGCAGAAAUUGGGAGAGAUUUUACAUCCUUUACAGGACUUCUACAGUCAUAGUAACUAUGUGGAACUGGGCAACAAAUCCCCAAACUUCAAUCUGAUCAAAUCAGGCAGCAGCAUUGGUACCAUAGCAGCUGAAAGCAGGGCAACAUGUCGCAACUGUGUUGGAGACAACUGCACCAACAACAUCUUGAAGGACAUCAUAACGGAGGGCAUACUGACCUCUGGGUAUUUUAGUGUUGUGCCUAUAAACCCACACAAACCAAAAGGAAAAUGCAGUCACGGCGGAGCAGUUGACCAAACAAGCACCAUCGAACCUACAGGCGGGAUCAACAAAGACAGUUUUGACGCCAGCCACGGACACCUCCACAUGGAAGCUGCAAAUGUGGCAAUUGCUGCAACCAGUGACCUACUGGAGGACGUUCGCAGAGCUGCUGGUGACAGAGAGUUCCUCCAGAUGAUGGGAAUUUCCAAAGGAUCCAGUAAAGCUCUUUGCUUUGUGAUCGACACCACAAAAAGCAUGAGUGAUGACAUUGCAGCGGUGAAGGAAGUCGCUAAAACUAUAAUCACCAAUGUGGGCACAGAGAAUGAGCCCGCAGUUUACAUCCUUGUACCUUUCAACGAUCCAGACGUCGGACCAUUGAUAAAGACUUCAGACGCAGUUACCUUCAAGGCUGUCAUUGACAUUCUGUCAGCAAGUGGUGGAGGAGAUGACGAGGAAAUGAGUCUUUCGGGGCUUCAGAUGGCUUUGAGCAAUGCUCCUUCAAAUUCUGAGAUCUUCCUCUUCACGGAUGCACCUGCUAAAGACAAACAUCUGAAAAGCACAGUGACUGCAUACAUAGAGCGGACACAGUCAGUGGUAAACUUCAUGAUUUCUGGCACAACAACGGUCAAUCGUAGGAGACGGAGUAAUGAUGAAAAACCCAAGAUAGCAGCGUCAGAUGCUCAGCUGUACAGAAACUUGGCUCAGGCUUCAGGAGGUCUGACUAUUGAAGUCUCAAAGAAUGAGCUCCUUGAAGCCACCAGCGUCAUAAUAGACUCCUUCAGUCCCUCUCUGGUGACCCUUCUUCAGGCAUCCAGGAACCCAGGAAGGACAGAGACUUUCUCUUUUAUAGUUGAUGAGACAGUAACAAACGUUAUAGUUUACAUCACUGGACUCUCCGUCAGUUUCACUGUCAUCAGUCCCACAGGUGCAUCUGAGGAAAGCACCAGCUCGACGAGAUCAUUGAUUACUUCAUCACAGUCAGUGGGAAACUUUAAGACUGUGAAGCUACAAAAAAUAGCUGGAACGUGGAGUAUAAGAAUGGUGUCAACUGAUCCUUACACUCUGAAGGUGAUAGGUCAGAGUCCUCUUGACUUCGUGUUUGACUUUGUGGAGCAAUCACAGGGCACAUUUACAGGAUAUGAUGCUCUUGACACACGUCCCAGAGCUGGUGUCAACGGUAGCUUGUUGGUGUCUUUAUCGGGGAGUGACACAGCCACAGUGACGGAAGUCGCUUUGGUGGAAUCGUCUGAGUCAUCGGAGAUUAUAGGAGUCGUGGAGCCACAGGGUAGCGGAAACUUCUUAGUUCACGUUGACAGGAUACCAUCCGUGGAGUUUAUGGUGCGGGUGAAGGGCCAGGACAAUGGCUCCAGAGCUACAAUAGUGUUCCAAAGGCAAUCACCCACCAGUUUCAGAGCCUCAAAUCUGACUAUUACUGCUGAUUCACAAAGCAUCUUGGAUCCAGCAAAACCAUUCUCUGUGCCAUUUUCUGUGAUGACCAACGGAAAAGGGGGAAACGUCACCAUCCGAGCCAACAACAACCGACGUUUUAAGUCAACAUUUCCAACCAGUUUAAUGCUGGAAACUGGAAUGAGUGCUAAUGGUACAGUGACCAUCUCUGCACCUAUUACCACCCCGUCUGGUACCGAUGUCACCCUGACCAUUGAGGUUGAUGAUACUGAAGAUACUAACUACAUCGCACUACGUUUCUCCGUCAUUAACUCGGUGACUGAUUUCACUCAGCCGACGUGUGAGCAGCUCAGCCUGCAAGCCAACUGCUCUGAUAACUGCAGCUCAGCCACGUGGGAGCUCCUUGUCCAGGUGACCGAUGGGGCUGAAGGGUCGGGUGUCCGCAAUGUUAGCCUCAAAAAGGGAAACGGGACCAUCACCACCAGCCUGGCCCCCAGCAACGAGAACAUAACUCUGGUUUCCUACAAUGCGUCUUGCUGUUCACCUGAAAUGGAGUUGCGGGUUGUGGAUCGAGUGGGUAAUGUGGGCAUCUGUUCAUACAGUUACCUGGAAAGCUCAUCAGAGGCUUUCUCUGCGUCCACCAAAGUUACUCAGUCACCUCUUCUUUGUCUAAGCAUAGUAGUGUUGGGACUCUAUGUGCUGGCAGAACUUGGUAUCCAGUGAUUCCAUGCCAAAGUUACAAAUAGUUAAAGCUGCAUUAAUCAAUACUUUCAUAUUAGCAUUGAAUCAAUCGACCAUGUGUACUGUGAAAGGGGACACCUGAAGUGGCAAACCUAAAACUGUUUAGCUCACUAGGUUUUACUGUGCAUUUACUCCAUGGUGGAGUCUCACUGCUCUUAUCAACACAGUUUGCAGCACACCCAUGUAUUGCCUUCAGUUUGCGAGACAGGAUAAAUGCUAAAAAUUAGAAAUCCUGCCCUGAGGAAAAACUUGCUGGACUCCCUAAAAACUUGUGUUGUGUGUCUGAUGCACAUUCUCCACGGCUGGCAUUGAGUCUUAUCACUUUUUGAAUAAGAUUUACAUAACUGUAUUCUAAAAAGUUGUUUAUUAACUCAAACUUUACCUUAACUCCAAGAUUAAGGAGAUCUCCCUAACUUUAAACUAAGAUGACAUUUUUAUUUUUUUGUGCUUAUAACUUUAUGAAGAUAGACUUAGAUUUUUUACUUCCUUGCAGAUUUUCAAAUGACUUGUACAAUGUACAUAAGUGUGAGGCCCAAUAUAGAGAUUAUUGGAAAACGUGAACAGUCUAUUCUGUAUGUCUUCAUACUUGUAUAUCCUUCAAUUUAGUUUGCUACUAAAACCACGCCCAUCUGGGUGAAAUACCAAGUUUUAAGGGAGUCCCAAAACUGGAGUCUUCACCUGUAUGUGGUUACAUGCCAAUUGGUCCAUCACACAUGAAGGGUCUGGACACCCUUCACAUGUAAUAGACGGCAGGUGAUUUCUCAUCAAGACAUAAAAUUUAAAACGUUGCAACAACAAACAGAGGCCGCAGACAUUUUUAAAAAACAGUUUUUUUUAUUGUCGUCAUAAUGUGUCUAAUGUAUAAUCCUUUACAGAACACAAAACGCUUUGCUUUUCACAUUUUGCUACAAGUUCAACAAUGUUUCUCCUGUUUCCUUUAAUCACUAUUUACAUUUUGAAAAGUUUUCAGAGUGACUUAUGUGAAUAAACUGGUCAGUGAUCGUCUGACACGGGGCAUGAGACAAA